AUGGUGUGCACGUCGGGCCGCCUCUUUCUGCUUAUGAUCCGGGUUCCCGCGGGACGUCUGGAGCCCUCGGCGCACUCUGAGAUCCCGGGAGCUUGCGCCCGGGACGCAGGGUGCCGAAGGCCGCUCUGGCUGCCUCGCUUAGGCCGUGACUCCCUCAGCGCCAGGCUUUCUGGGCCCAGAAGUGAGAGCGCCCUGGAGGCUGGAGAGCCGCAGGAAGGCUCCGCGCUCGUGACCCCGAAACUGCAUCCCCCUGAGCCGGGGACCAAGGCGCCGGGCGGGCUGCUGAACCCAGCAAGUCCCCUCCCCAUCCCUGCACGCCACACACACACACACACACACACACACACACACACACACACGCCUCCGGGUGGGGGCAACCCGGCCUCUCCCCGAGGCUGCUGGGUCAGCCCGGGAGGGAGCCUGAGCAGGUGCCGCGGGCUCGGACGACAGCGCUGGAAUCGAAAACGUAGCCAUUCCGGAAGAACUGCGGGAAGCGAGUCCGCUCGGCAACACCCCCGCUCCCCAGCCUCGGCCUGGGCAGUUGCGGGCUCCGGCACCCCAUCUGCUCGGGUGGCGGCCGCGGCUCGCGAGCGCAAAGCCUGGAGGAAGGAGGCGGCAAGGCGCGCAGCUUUGUGCGCUGGGCCGCGCGGGGCGAGGCUGGGCGAGAGCAGCCCCGAGCUGUCAGCGCCUCCCGGCAGAGCCGAGCUCCGCGACGCCCAGCCAGCCCACCUCGCCGCGCGGUCGCCGCCAGCACCUCUCCGCUCUUCCCCGAAGCAUCACGCCCGCCGUCCAGAGCUCCUCUACAGUUGCCAGGCCCCAGCGCUGAGCGGCGAGACUGACGGGCUACGUCGGGCACGGCCAGCGAGAAAAUUUUCUUUUUCCGCCUUCGGGUUUUGGUUUUGUGUGUCCAUCCCGCGCAGCUCCGGAGCCUGCCGACCCCAAAUGGAUUCUCAACAGGUGCCGGGAAUGAGAGUGCACCUGCUGAGACACCACGAAAAGGGACGGUGACAGAAAGAGGGAGAGAUGAAUAAGGAGAACAUCACCCCCAAAUCCAAAGUGUAGCUUUCAUUCUGCAUGGCUGAGAUUCAGAACGUCAAGAGGCAAAUUUGUUUACAGCCGGGUAUCUCCCCCCACCCCGCCCUUUUGGAGUGAUUUACCUAGAGCCUUCCAUUAAUAAAUAACA